CAAAUAUCCUCAUCUAAUUGAUGUCAGUUUGAGCAAAUGUGUUUUAAUGACAGUAUCUCAGGAACUAUUAAGUAGAAAUGCCUGAAAAUGUCAUUGUCCUUUCUCAUUAGGCCAUUGAUUCUGAAUCUGUAAUAUUUGACUAAUAGAUCAAGUAGUCUGAUUAUGGAUGAAUUUAUUUACAAAAAGUGAUUAUGGAAAGUCCCAUCUUUGAGGACACAUUAAUGAGAAAAGAAGAGUUUUGGAGUUUCAAAAAUAGUAGUCUAAAUAUAACAAAACAAACAAAAUACAUCACUUUAGGAUUGGGAAUUUUCUUUAAAAAUUGCACCAACUGUCAUUUGUAAUUGACUAUUUAGGAAAAAUGAACAAAAACAGCAUAUGCAUAAUAAUUUGGAGCACAGUGUAGACUGCAAUUAGACAACAUACAGUCAUGAACAAAAAUGUACAUACGCUUGUAAAGGUCGCCUUCCUGUUACAUGCACUAGUGUGUAAAAUUAAUUCCUUAUUAUAAUUUAUUUGAAUAAAAUUUCGAUUUUGUAAAUGGAAAAACUAAAACUAAGAAUAAAAUAAAUCGCAAAAUUAAAGAUAAAAAAUAUAUUAAAUUAAAAAAAUACAAUAAUAAUUUAAAAAUAUAUUUUUAAAAAGCAUAAAAUGCUGAAAUAUAAAAAUAAAAACAUAAAUAAUUUCUUCAAAUAGAUAAAGAAUACUUUCUCUUCAGUUUGCACUCGGACUUUUGAACUAACUGAAAGUCUCGUUUCCAUGACAACACCCAAACUUUGUCAUGGCGUCUCUGCUCACAGACCCGUUGUUUGAAAUCUCUGGACGGGGUCCUGCACCCAACAAGAACUAUUAUCAUCUCUCUCUCACCAAGUCAGACGUGAUCUGGAGAUGGUGGAAGAUAUCUGCCAGAACCGUGGACCGCUACUCCAAACCUGGGGAGCUGAGGGAGACUCACCAGGACUUCUUGGAUGACACUGGGCUGCAUAGUGAGGUCAGAAUGGUUUUUGGCCAUCGAAUCCUGCAGUAUGCCAAAUCUUUGUGCCAAGGACAUUUUGAUUAUCUGGAGCGCCUGUCUGAUCCCUUACUUCUUCGGAUAAUAAAUUAUCUCGAGCUUGAGGAUAUGGGUCAGCUUGGACGAACGUCUCGCAAGUUCAAGCAGUUAUGUGGGUCAGAGGAGUUUUGGGAGCAGGCAGUGCGGCGGCGCUGCAACACCGUUUCAGCUGAUGUGGCAUCUCUGGCACUGGAGGUGGGUUGGCGCCACAUCUUCUUCACCAGCAAGUUACAGCUGCAGAAGCUGAUCAGCCGCAGGAGACUGAAGACCGAGGCCGAGACCUAGUGAGGAUUAUUCAGUGUAGGAUGGAUGGACAAUGUCUCUUUUCAUUAAACUGUGCCUUUAAUCUGAAAUAGUGCCAGUGUUCCACAUAUAGCAGACAAAGUAUAACAAAAUCGAUAAAAUAUAAGGACCAUUGAUAACUGUAAGUCUAAAUUUAGGCCAUGAUUGAUGUUUAUGUUAGAUACAUUUUUAAAAUGUUUGCAAACAUGAGUUUAACUAUUGCCUAAAGAUGAUUAAGAUUGCCUUGAGUUGGAUUUUCCUCCAACAUGCUUAGAUACUUAUUGGUCACAUGAGUGAACAAGAAAUAUCACUAAAACUGCAACUGUUAUAAUAAAGUGUAAAAAAAUGCUUUUUGGGAAGCACAUACAAGCAUUCCCUGAGGUAUGAGGGUACCAACACUUCUGGUCAUGUCCAUAAGUGGAUUAUGUUACAUCAUGAUCUGGAUUCCCGGAAGACAACAGAUAAUGUCUGUGAGUUUUGAUGGGAUUAUGAGUGUAGUGCACACAGACAAAAGUCCCCUAGGGGGCACAAGCUGCUAGUGCUAAUGGCACAUUAUCGUUGUUGCCUCUGCUUUCCCAUCUCAUUCAGUUUACCUUUGCCCUACUCAGUGUUCUUAUGCUCCAGGUGUGUGCAGAUAUGUUGGAGGUGACUACCAGCCAUUAUGGUGUGGCUGGUUUUGUUGUUACUACUGCUUUGUUGCUGAGUUAUUUUCAGGGUGUUUAAACAUCUUUCUGUCUGUCUGAGGACACAUUUGUCUGAUAGUGUUGCAGCGAUAUAUAUAAAAGAUGUGCAAGUGUCUGGAGGUUUUUCAUGUGUAUGUUUAAACAAAAGGUAGUCUUGUUCUGAAGUCAAUUUUCUGAAAUGACAGACAAGCAAUGAUUAAAGCUAUAAACAAAGGUGAACCUCAGGCAGAGAUGAGGUAGAAGUGAGCAGCAACUGCCUGUGCUACUGGCCUCCUCUGUGUUUUCUUAAAGGCAUUUUUCAGCACAAUUCCCCGUUGUACGUUGUCUGUGCUGGUGACUCUCCUAAAUAGUUUUCUGUUUGCCUUGUCUCUAGAUGCCAUAUUUGUCAGGGUAAGGAGUUCCUUUAACUGCUUGUACUGUCAGACGGAUGCAAGAUCUGCAAUUUAGCUACUGACAGUACUGGCCUACACUUGUUCAGAUCUUCAGAUCUUUCAGGGAUUCCAAACCCUUGUGUCCACAGACUUUGCACAGUUUAAGUGACCAGGAUUCUAGCUCUCUCUGAUUUGGGGGCAACAUUGUUGAACCUGAAUCUCUAAAUCGAGCAUUCCUAACCAACCUGCUCUAGGUGGAAGCCUGACCAAUCUGUGCCUACUCACUGCCAGAUGGUAAUCCUGCAGUGAACUCAUUUCCUUUCAUCACCUGAGGGUUCACCACACAUAUCCUCAGAUCUAAUAAAACACUUGCCAAGUCAAACACUGACCUUUGAUUCAUUAAGCACCUGCUCAUCGUCCAGUCUUGGAUCAGGGAGGUGUGUUGUUCCCAUCACACACCUGUAGCUGUGUUUUGACUUGGGGAGGAUUGGAAUCUUCUGGUUUCUGUGAGAUCACCUGAUUUAGCCCCUUUCAGCACCUGACUUACUUUACUGCAAUGCUAAUAUGUGCAAACAGCAGUCCGUUUGCAGCCUCUCCACCUAAAAGCACUGUGGGAGAGAGGAAAGCCUUCCCCGACAUCAAAUUUAGAUUUAACGUCUUGGCCUAGGCCAGCUUUGGAUCCAUCUUUUUAUGUAAUUGUCUUGUACUUACAUGUGUUUCAAGUCCUCCUUUACAUAAACUGAUAUUUUAACAAACCUCUCCUGAGGCUUGCUGGGAAAAUAACAGAAUCCUUCAGACACAUUGCAGCUUCAUAGGUGCCGCAUAGGACUGUUUUUAAAUUAAAACCUGUUCAAUGUGUUUGAUUUGCAAGCACCGCCAGAAAAAAGAAGUUUAACAUCUUCCCAGCCUUUGCUGAGUUCCCUCUGCUCUUCUGAGAAUAUUUUCUGUCCACUGAUGCUUAUUGUGGAAAGGAUGCCGUGAGAGGAUUGAGUCAGACUACGUAAAGACCACAUUAUGGACCAUGUGAGAGACAGAACGCUCUGCUCAUCUUAACCUUCACUGUCUCCUCAGGAAAAGCUAAUCGUCCCAAGGUUAGGCUGGUUAAAGAUCAAGCAUCAAGACAUGAGAAGAUGAAACAUUUAAAACAGAGUAAAGAAGAGUAAUAUAAGCUACUCUUAUAUGUAUAAUUUCUCAUCAUAUCUUUGAUUCUACCUUGUUACAACUGUUUUGCUUAUCCCAUAGUCCCAUAUUUCAGUUGGUUGUAACUGGUGCCGUAAAUAUUUUUCCAGUAAAUGCAUUUAUUAUUAAUGAACCCUCCAUGAUUGUUCCAUGGAUGAACAGAGAUUCUCUGUUAAGUAAAGAGGAAUCCUAUAGAGUGAGUGAACUUUCAGCUCAACUUUCUCUGUCAUCCGUAACCCAGUAAAAGGUGAAGCCUGUGGCCUCUUUUCAUCCUCACAGGAGGCUUAAGUACUUCACUGACACUAUGAUCCAUUUAGGACAUGACUGACUUGAUAUUUAUGGCAGGUGUCUUUAACUGGCAAGGUGGCUCUUUCUUUAUAUUUUGAGGAGUUUUCAAGGGUAGUUGGUUGAAAUAUUAGUAAAUGAUAUGUGUGCUGAGCUAAGGUUCUUUGCUACUGCUUGUAUUUCUAUUAUUUCCUAAAUUUCCACAGUGUUUCUCUUUAUUGUUUUCAUUGAUUACUAUGGCUUAUGUUUUUCUUAAAAUAUUUCCCCUUUUCACACUAGCUGAUCUGUGUGGGCGUCUUCCUGGGGCUUUGCUAGUCAAAAGUUCUGAGAUUGGAGCGCUCUGACGGCAAGCAAAGCCCUUGAUCUUCUACAGGGCACUGACAGCUUGAGACCAUUUGAGAAAGGAUUAGCUAAUAUUAUCCGAGAUUUAUCUUACUGAAUUAGCCUACAUCACCAUAGCUCUAGUGUGGCGUCACUGCCAAUAGCAACAAAGGGAGCAAAAUGCCAGUUCAUCAUAAUAAAUGGGAAAAUAUUAAGUCAAGUGAUGCAACUGUGAAAUGCAAAUGCUGACUUAAGACACAUGAAGUACACAUGCAUUUUCUAUUGCUGUCUAAUACCAGAAUGGCCGUAUGACAGGACAACAGAUUAACACAGAUAGUAAUGUAGCCCAGUUUAAAAAAAAAAAAACUGUGUUUGCCUAAUAUCUAUUAACUUUUCCUCCCUUGUGCGUACAGUAUCACCGUUGGGUAUUAACGGUAUCACAACUUGUUGGUUUAACCUGAGCCUGUCACAUGAUCGGGGUCAUACACUUCAGGCUCUUAUAUAAAUCUGUAGAAAGCAGCUCUGGUGCCAAACUAAACUGAUCCUCUGAAUCUCUGUGUUAAUUGCUGCAAAGCCACAUCAGGAAUUUAGAAAGUGGAAACAUUUAUGUGUUUGUUUGAUGGUAAGAUCUUUUUUUUGUUGCUCAGUGACUGAAAGAUGCAGAAUAAACAUUGAAACCUG